AUGGCAACUACCGCUACUGUUUCUUCUUCUGACCCUCCCAGCGGUCCCUUUCACGCACUGUUGAUCGAAGAUGCUGGGAGUCGUAAAACCAAGAGCUCCAUCCAGCAAAUCACAGUCGACGAUCUUCCACCUCAUGAAGUACUGAUCAAGGUUGCUUACUCUACCUUGAACUAUAAGGAUGGAUUGGCCGUUGCGGGAAAGGGACGAAUCUGCCGAACACUUCCCAUGGUGGGUGGGAUUGAUCUUUCGGGAACCGUGGUGGAAUCCCAGUCGUCCAAAUUCCAAAAGGGCGAUGCCGUCCUGGUGAAUGGAUUUGGUCUCAGCGAGACCCAAUGGGGUGGAUAUUCGGAAUAUGCCAAAAUGAAACCCGAGUGGUUGGUACCGGUACCAAAGGAAUUUUCGUUGGAACAGGCCAUGGGAAUUGGAACGGCUGGAUACACGUCCAUGUUGUGCGUCAAUGCCAUUCGUGAUCACGGGGUCAAGCCGGAGGAUGGACCCAUAUUAGUAACUGGUGCUUCGGGAGGUGUGGGUUCUGUGGCCAUUCACCUCUUGUCCAAGUUGGGUUAUGAUGUCGAGGCCUCCACGGGUGGUAGUGCCAACCACGAUUAUUUGAAAUCGCUGGGUGCUUCCUCUUUUUUGGAUCGCAGCGACUUGGAUCGGGACAGUAAGCCAUUGGAAAAGGAAGUUUGGGCUGCAGCAGUCGAUUCCGUUGGAUCCAAAACAUUGGCUUCCGUCUUGAGCCAAACAAAGUAUGGUGGUCUAGUGGCUGCUUGCGGAUUGGUGGGAGGAAUGGAUUUGCCCAGUUCUGUAGCACCCUUUAUUCUGCGCGGAGUGACGUUGCAGGGAAUUGACUCGGUCAUGGCGCCAAUGGCCAAACGAGAAAAAGCUUGGAAAGAUUUGGCAGAACUUAUGGAUGCCAAGAUAUUGAGCGAAAUUUACAAGGUGGAACCCUUUAGCCAACUUCCUUUUUUAGCGGACCAGAUUGUUAAGGGCGAGAUUAAGGGAAGGGUUGUGAUUGAUGUUGGGCAGAACUAUCCUGCUUCUCAGAAGUUGUAA